AUGUUGAGAGAACAGGGUGCUCAACAGUUUGAACUGUUGAGACAGCAGCAGGCUGCUGCUGGUGGGUCGAUGCACUCGCGUCGACCCGAGACCUUGAAGAGUUACAUCUCCAAGUAUAGGGGAGUCGAAGAGGACGCCCUCUUGAGAUUGUUCGUCGAAUUAGACGACGAUAAAGGUCGCGUCGCACCGACGACGGGGAUAUGCAAGUUGCAAUUGCCCAAUCAAAUAUGGCAGGACGUGCCAAGACUUGGGCUUUGGGGCUCAAGUUACACGAUCCAUAUGCGGUUGGGUCGUUGGAAGUCUUCAAGUCGCGGCUCAGACAAACGUUUGAACCGCCUAGAGCUAAGUUCAGAGCUCGAACCGAGCUCUUGA